AAUAAAGUAAAAUGGUCUGGAUAAGACUCAUGGAAACGCUGCAUUGAGAACGAGGCCAGGAGCGACAGGUUCAAGUCAGUAACAGUAUGGGGCAGCAUAUUCCUGGUCUGCUUGCUGUGCUUAGCAUAUUUGUGGAACCUAUUGCUGGCUUUGGAAAUGGUCAGGUGACUGUGGCUUGUGACUCCAUGAUUCCAAAGCAUGGUGCCAUUCCUCAGAUGUCAUCAAGCCCUGCCAUCAUCACUGUGGACAAACAUGAAAUCGAUGCUAGUGAUCAAAUAAAAGUUACCCUCACCGUGAGGCAGUCUGGAACUUCACUCCAAGGAUUUUUUAUACAAGCACGAGAUGCUGAUGACCUAAAUGCUGGACCUCUUGGGAACUUUACUUUGAUUGAUGAUCAGAACUCCCAGCUCUUGACGUGUGGGGGUGUGAAAGAUUCAACAGUCAGUCACAAAAGCUCAUCAGGAAAGCACACAAUUGAGGUCCUUUGGAACCCACCUAUGCCAAAACCAGAUCACAUCCAAUUCCUGGCCACAGUGGUUCAGAGGUUCAAUAUUUACUGGGUCAAAAUACGUGGUCCAAUAAUUUCUCAAGUAAAUGCUUCUUCUUUGUCACAACAACUUGCAACUGAAUCUCCAGCAAAACUACCAACAACCAUCCAGCUUGCUAAACCAGUUAAUGCUACAGACUGUGGUAAUAAGAAAUCCUGCCUGCGGAACCCCACCGGAUGUGACCCUGAGCUCGACAGAUUGUGCUUCUUCCUCUCGUUUACACCACAAGGCUCCUCUGUACUUUUUGAGUUGAGUGGACCAUCUAAUGGGUACAUAUCAUUUGCCCUGUCUGAUGACAAAUGGAUGGGUGAUGAUGAUGUUUACUUGUGUGUUGUUAAUGAUCGAAGUGUACAGAUCAAUCCAGCCCAUUCCACUGGCCGCUCACAUCCAAUAUUGGAUUCACAGGUUUCUAUUUAUGACAUGGCAUGGAGGUUAGAAGAUGGGGUGACCCAGUGUUCAUUCAGGAGGAAAACACGGCUCCCUGAAUAUAGUGACCGUUUUGACCUGGACAGAAAAUAUUAUAUUUUUCUAGCAGACGGGAACACAGAAAAUGGAAGAAUUCAUAAACAUCAUCAGCAACCACUGAUUUCGCAGGAGAAGGUACAUCUGCAUGGUUCCCUGAAAGAACUGAAGGGUUCUCGGUCUCCAGGAUACAUUAAGGCUCAUGGAUCAUUAAUGUUCAUUGCAUGGGUGACAACAGCCAACACUGGUGUUAUCGUAGCUCGAUUCUUUAAAUCUGUCUGGCCAUCUACCACAGUGUUUGGGAAAAAGAUCUGGUUUCUGGUGCACAGCAUUCUGAUGAUGACCACAGUAUUGUUUACCUGCAUUGGUUUUAUUCUUCCUUUUAUUUACAGAGGAGGCUGGAACCAGAAUGCCGGAGCUCAUCCAUACUUUGGCUGUAUAAUACUUACACUGGUGAUUCUACAGGCACUUGUGGCCAUACUCAGACCCAAUCCGUAUGCUCCCAGGCGAUAUCUCUUUAACUGGUUUCAUUGGACUACAGGCACUUUUGCUCGUAUAAUUGCGGUUGGAUCGAUCUUUCUUGGAAUGGAUCUACCAGCCCUGGAUCUCCAUAACCCUUGGGAUACAUUAGUAAUGGUUGGAUUCAUAAUUUGGCAUGUGGCAACAGAACUAAUUCUAGAAGCACAUAAUUACAUAAUUACUAGUAAAGCACGGAAACGAGAAGAGGAUAAAAUGGAGAUAAUGGAUUCGAGUGAAUUGAUUGAUCCACAGGGUCAUAGGCUUAAAAUGAUGAUAUUAACAAUCUACAUCUGUGGAAACCUAACAUUUCUGAUAACAUUACUUGUUGGAAUUAGCCUUAUUUGACGGUCACUCCACUGCCUCCUGCAUUUUUGCCUCCAUCGAACCGGUCUUUGCUGAUGCCAUCUGAUCUUUUUCUGACGAGACUGCUGCUUUCCUGCUUGUCAUGCACCGAACUGAAGAUCCAUCAGCAGGGAAC